AUGGCGGCGGUUCGUUCGCUUAUCUCGUCCCUCAGACUCACUCCCGGUGCAGCAGUACCACUCAAAUCCUCAGCCUCCUCACUCAUCCGGGACGAGUCGAGUUUCGUCAACUUGAACUUGAAUCUCUCCGCAUCAUGCGCUUCAGCUAAGGCCUCUCGACGAGUCGCACCUCCUUCUGCUGCAGCGACUCCCCUCGCGGCUGCUGCCGCAGCACCCACAGCGGAGGACGCGUCGUCGGUUGCGGCGUCGGUCGCGGCGUCAGGAACGGAAGGGACGCCGCGGCGCCGCCUGAAGGUGGGGUGCCACGCGGCGCAGGGGCGGCGCGACGAGAUGGAGGACCACGUGGUGGUUCUGGAGGACAUAGGCGCUGGGUUCCUCUACGCCGGCGUGUUUGACGGCCACGCAGGCGCGUCUUCCGCGAAGUUUCUGAGCGACGAGCUGCACGACGACUGCAUGGAGGCGCUGGAGGGCGGCGCGGUGUUGGAGGAUGAGGAUCUGACGGCCGCGGAGGACGCGCUGGAAGACGCCUUUUUGAAGGCAGAUCAACGGCUGCUGCAGUGGCUGGAAGAGCACAGUUCAGAGCCGGAAUCAGGGUCGACGGGUACAGUGGCGUUUGUGCGGCACGACCGCCUGUUCGUGGCUCACAUAGGCGACUCGCGCGCCGUGAUGGCGGUUGGGGGCGACGAGGGAUACGUCUCGGACGACCAUAAGCCCAGCGGCGACUCGGGCAAGGCACAGGCGGAGAUCAAGCGGAUCAACAAGGCGGGCGGAUGGGUGAGCCAAGGGCGGGUGUGUGGCGUGAUUGCCGUGUCCCGAGCCUUUGGCAACAUGGCUUUCAAGACGAGAAAAGAGGAAAUGAUGCAACAAGGAGUGAAGAAGGGCAGGUGGACCACCAGAUGGGUCUCCAAGAGGAAGUACGAUUCUGAUUGGAUCUCAGCCCUCCCUGACGUGUACGGCACUGAGCUGACAGAAGAUGCCGAAUUCGUCAUCAUUGCAUCUGAUGGCCUAUGGGAUGCGUUCUCCAGCUCUGAGGCAGUGGCGUUUGUUCGCGGUGAGAUGGACAGGCACGGGGAUGUGCAGCAGGCAUGCGAGGCUCUCGUGCACGCAGCUCUGCAUGAUCGUGAGACGGAGGACAACACCAGUGUCAUCGUCAUCUCGUUGCGAGGCUAG